UAAGUUAUAGUAGUAGAGAGCCAUAAAAGAAUAAGGCAAACAUAUCAAGAACUUUGAUUCCCCUUCAUCUACUCCACUCUUCCUUCACCUUUUCCUCAAUUCUCCUUAUAAUAAAGUUUUCCUCAACUGUAUAAUAUCACAAUUACUAAGUAGUGAAAAUGCUAAUAAUGGAGGAAGAAGGACUUAUCAAGAAUUCAUGGUCUUAUGAAGAUGAGUUGAUAAAAGAGCUUCUUGAUGAUGAAUCACCAUUCUUGCUAGCUCCUCAUGAAGAAUAUUAUUCAACUUCUUCAAGUGAGACUAGUUAUUCACUUGAUGUAACAAAGAGCUCUAUUUCUUCUCUUUCCAAAGGGUCAUUUAUUGAUGAUAUAGAGAGUGAUGUGUCCAUGACAAGAAAUGGUGUUCAAUCUCAUGAUGUUUCACAUGAUGCUAGCAGGAAUAUAGGGUUGGAAAGAGGGUUGAACUUGAUGAUGAAUAAGCAAGAGGCUCUUGAGAAUAAAUAUACUUUGAGAAUAAAGACUUGUGGUAAUGCAAUGGCUGAUGAUGGUUAUAAGUGGAGAAAAUAUGGCCAAAAAUCCAUCAAGAAUAGCCCAUAUCCCAGGAGUUACUACAAAUGCACUAAUCCAAGGUGUGGAGCCAAAAAACAAGUUGAGAGGUCCAGCAAUGAGCCAGACACUUUCAUAAUCACUUAUGAAGGACUUCAUCUACAUUUUGCUUACCCAUUUAUCACUCUCAAUCCACCUCAAUUUCUUGACCAGCCCACUAAAAAGCCCAAAUUAACAAACCCCAAAGCCCAAAACAAUGAAGAAAAUGCAAGUGAAGUUGAUGAAAGCCCAAAAUUUGUCAAUCCAAGCCCAAUUGUGGACCUUGAAGAUGGAUUGGGUUUUGGUGAAAUGGGCUCACAAGGGUUACUUGAAGAUAUGGUGCCAUUAAUGAUUAGAAACCCAUUUAUUAAGCCCACAAAUUCCUAUUCUUCAUCUUGCUCUUAUUCAUCCCCACCAACUUCUCCUUCAUUUUCUUGGUCAAAUAAUUAGUUUUGGUGGUAAAUUAUUGUAUGUACGAUAUUGAUAGACUAUAUAUUGUUGCAGGAACAUUAUUACAUGGUGAUAUUAGCAAAAUAAAUUGUGGGUAAAAACCUGUAAAAUUUGUUACAUGUGAAAUGAGGAAGAAAGAAAAAUCAUUUAGAUGAAUUAAUUUUUUUUGC